UGCGAUAUAUGACCCUAUUGCGUAUAAAGAACGUAAAAGGACUAAUGCUUUUGGUACGGUUCACAGGCCAAAGUUGAAUCUGACAGUCAGUACUAAUUAAUAAGUGGAUUAGCACUGCUUCGAAGUACUAAUACAGCAGGCGAACUUGAAAGAUCGCUGAAAUUAUCGCAAUUCGCAUGGUCUGCACAUUACUUAUUACAGACCGUGCAAUUCGUAUGGGGAGUUUUCAUAAUUAUAAGGAUUGUGUACUCUGUACCGUAUAGUGCGCAGUACCGUUCAGCGCGCAUGCAGCUGGCUAUUAACAAACAUUAUUAAUCUCCAAUAUGUCUUGAUUACUUCAAGUUCUUAACUAACAGGCUAAAUCAGUACUUGAGCAUUUUCGCUCCGAUUUGUAUUACGAUCGCCGAAUUGUUAGUUAAGUAUUCCAAUUAUGGCGGCCCCGCUGCGAAGCAAACAGCUUUUCCCGAUCAUCUCGGACUUCUGUGAUAAUCUCGACGGAGAGCUGCGGAACAUUAGUCUAUCUUUGUGGAAUCGGCCGGAGUUGGCCUACGAAGAGCACCACGCGCACGAUCUGCUAACGGCGUACCUGGAGCAGCAAGGAUUCACGGUGCAGCACAGCUUCCAUCUGCCAACCGCCUUCUGCGCUACUUUCACAUCGGCAGAUUUUGAUCCUAAUCAACACUCGACGGUGUGCUUUUUUGCGGAGUACGACGCUCUACCAACGAUCGGCCAUGCGUGUGGACAUAAUCUGAUCGCUAUAACGGGAGUCGGCGCCGCUGUGGCGCUGAAGAUGCUGCUGGCAAAAAGUAAAACCUAUAGCACUGAGACCAUUUCGGGAAAGAUAAUCUGUAUGGGAAGUCCAGCUGAGGAGACGACAGGAGGAAAAAUUGACCUUUUGCAAGCGGGUGCGCUUAACGGCGUGGAUUUCUGUUUAAUGGCGCAUCCAGCGGGUUACAACAUGGUCGCACCCGACGUCCUAGGAUUGCUCGAAUGCGAAGUGACCUUCUCCCACGACGCCUCGAACGAAUCAAAUCUACCAGGUUGCCCAUUUGGACAAGAUGUACAAGAUGCUCAACAAUCCGUUGUGGAUGCGUCCAUCGCGUUGUACGCCAAACUGUCGCUCUUCCGGCAGCAACUGCAGACCGCCAACCAGAUUCACGGGGUCAUCUAUCAUGCUGGCGUGGAGUGCCAGGAUGGGCGAUGGAUGGCGCGCUCGCAUUAUUAUCUACGGGCGCCCACUGUGGUUCGGAUGGCAGAGUUGAAAAGGGUCUUCCAGAAUGCAGUGGAUGCAGCAGCCAUGUUUUCCGAUUGUCAACGGAAGUGCGAUUACGCGGUAGUUCCAUUUGAAGGACUCAUGACGAACCAGAAAAUGGGUCAAGUGUACAGAAAGUAUGCUGAAUUAACAGGAACGGUAUUUCCUGCUCUGCCCCCAUCGUACGGCUCAACAGACAUGGGGAAUAUCUCCAACGUUAUUCCCAGCAUUCAUCCCAUGUAUAGUGUCAGGGCUUCUCCGUCCUCCAACCCAGAUCUCCUAAUCCACACCGAAGAAUUCCAGGUGGCCGCCGGGCAACCGGAAGCGCACCGGCAGACUCUGAACACCGCCAAAGCCUUAGCCAUGACCGGAUUGGAGCUGUUUAUGAAUGCCGAAUUAGCCUCAACGGCUAAAGAAGAGUUUAGACUGACUCGCGGUGCUUCUCACGCAAAUGCCGUUUAAUAACGUGCUAUUCUGUUGUCGAUUUGUAAAUAGCUAUUAACUUAUUUAUUAUAGCACUGAUAUAAAAAUUAUGGUAUUUCUUGUUUCCUUAUUUUUUAUACAGUUCAUGCUGCAUCCAAUAUUAUCAUCCACUUCUGUAAUACUCGAAUUAUUUCGAAAUUUGUAAUGUUCAAGAUUUCAGAUCUAGGUAAUCUUAAAU